AUGAACUUUCAAGUUUACAUUUCAUUAAACAUUCCUAAUUUAUGUUGCAGCAUGGUGCUAAUUGGACAGAUAACUUUACAUCUAUUUUGGAUUAAUGUGGAAUUAAGGAUGGUAAACAAACGUGUCAACAUAUUCAUCAUCACUAUUGCUUUCAUUCAAUGUUCUCAAACAAACAUACAUCAGCACGAGGGUUGA